ACCGAUUCCACCGAUAUUAGUAUUAUCAAACUACUCCCUAAUUUGGUGAAAAUGUAAAAGGUUUGCGCAGCAUCCGAAUUUGGAAUGCCCGCCUUUAACCGUCACGUCUUAUAGUUUGGCGUUCCAACCGCAAAAUUUAAAGAAGCAAAUUAAAACUGCAAUUGGAUUUUACUCUCCAAACAACAAUUAACAACAAUAAUAAUCUCCUUAAUCCGUUUAAACACCGCAAUGUCCAGAAGGUACAUAAAGCUGCGGAAGAAACUCAGGGAACUCGAAACGGGAGUGGUGGAGUUGCUCAUACUCCCGCCGGAGUCGCCGCACCGCCACAGCCUCUCGGACGGCGUGGAGGAGCGCCUAGAGUCACUGAAGGCGCUCCUCUCAUCGGAGAUGUCGUCAGCAUCAAACGUGAAUCCGGACCACCUGCUGCAAAUCGCUGAGAUUCUCUCAGAAUUGGACAUGACAUUCAGAUGCGCGGCUGCUACUGGAGCCGCCGAUGAGUGUUCGAGCCCGAGCGGCGGCGGAGGCAGCAAUGUGGGGCAGAUCGAGAUGGCGGAUUUAGGUUUUAAGGUCUACGACGUUCCAGAGGAGUUGACCGAUGAUAAUGCUGGAGAUGAAUUAAAAGGAAAAGAAGACGUCUAUGAGGAACGGCGUGAUUGGCCAUUAAUUAAUGACGUCAAAGAAGAAGACGGUGAGAAACGGCGUCGUAUAUUGCCAGCAGCGAUUACAGGGGUCAAAGAAGAAGGCAGUGAGGAACGGCGUCGUACAUUGCCAGCGGUUAGCGGCGUCAAAGAAGAGUCGGAAAUAGCGUGGGCUCGCGCAGGCAAUAAUUUUUAUAAAGUGUGGGGUACGGGUGUGGUGAUUGGAGCAUUUUCAAUGGCGGUGUUCAUGGCAAAAUUUUCUGCUUGUUUUUACGUUAUUGACUUCUUAGGCCCCUUAACUCCUACAUAAUUACUUGGCAAAUUAAGAUUCAGUUUUUAAGAACAC